AACACUUAUAUGUCUUAUUCAAACAAAUUCGCAUCAAUGGUCUGUUCUCUAGGAUUUAAGACAUUAUUAGUCAACUACAGGGGAUCGUUAGGUGUGGACGAGGAGUACGUGUCGUCUCUCAUCGGACACGUCGGCGAUCGGGACGUCAAAGAUGUCAUACAAUGCGUGCAAUACCUUUGCGAUAGAGGACUCGUCGACUCCCAUCGACUCGUGCUUUACGGCGCCUCUCACGGAGGGUUUCUCGUGACACACCUGUCCGGUCAGUACCCGCACUGGAACUUCAAAGUCUGUGUGUCAGAGAAUCCAGUCAUAGACUUGUCAACCAAUCCCGACGGCACAGACAUCCCUGACUGGUGUUAUGUGGAGGCGUUCGGCACAUCCCUGUCCUAUAAAAGCGAUGCAGUCUUAGAGCCCAUGAGCGCCAAAGUCAUGUCCGAGCGCUCGCCCAUCCAUUGGGCGCCUAACGUAAAGGUGCCGACGCUUAUGGUGUUAGGCAAACGGGACCGUCGGGUGCCCUCCACUCAGGGACUCAAAUACUACCGCUUAUUGAAGGCCAGGGGUGUGAAGACCCGGUGCUAUGUCUACGACGACGGCCACUGUCUGGCGGAUGUCACACAGCUGCCUCUGGAGAAGCAUUUGCAAACAGAAACCUAA